AUGGUCCAGGAGGGAGAUGACGGCGAAGCUGAUACCAUCAAGUCCGAGUUCAACAUCCCCAACGAUGCCCAGACAUCCCUCACGGAAUCCGCUGUGCAGGAGAUCUUCUGGGUAGUCGAGGAUUGCGAUGAGAUUCGAUCUAUCGAGGUGAAGGGUCGGUUCAUCAAGACCAGUAGCAGUGGCGUCCACUUCCUCGUGAUGACACUUGAUGCCGAAUUCAUGGAAAAAUACAAGUUCACUAUCCCUCGUGUGACCAGGGAGGGCGCAGAUGUGAACGUCUUUUUUGACCUCCCGCCACCACCUUCUGCAAAAGGAACAAAGGACAACAUGUUUUGGAAGGCAGCCGUCGCGCCUGUACACAUCCCUGAGCAACCUCAUGACGGCAACUUGGUUCUCAAAGUACGAGAACCACUUGCGGAUGCACCCGCCGGUGCCGUGGAGGUCAAGUCAUUCGCGUCCUACUCUGAGGGAGAAGAGCACCCCAUGGUUUCCAAACGUCGUGUGGCCGCGAUUGGAAAGGUCUUCCAGUACACGACUGAUGCGCCAACUCAGGACAAGAAGAAGAGGAAGAGGCUGGAUGAUGAUGAUGACGACGACGAUGACACUGACAGUGAAGAUGACAAUCAAGAGACUAGCGAAGCAAACCCCGACACAUCUACCAAAGCCGAUAAGAUGAAUACGGUUGCGAAGCCCAUCAAGGCCAACGGCACCCAGAAACCCACACUGACUCAGAAGGACAUCGAUCAUCUCUUCAGCAUGAAUCUCUUCCUUAAAGAUUUCCUGUUGGGUCGAGGAUUCAAUUCGCUUCUCCUGCGUGAUGACAUCGAUGAUCUCACCAGCCAACUCUCCCAGACAGCUCUGCAUUCUGCUGACGGAGGACGGUCUCUCCCUCAGAUGCCCAAGGUUGACUUUUUCCAUGGCACUGAUCUCCACAUGAUCGAGGUGGUUCUUUCCAGACUUCGCCCUGACGCAAAGGAUCGAUUCACCAGAUACGUGAAGCUUAUUCCUCUGGGAUUGAUCAGCAUCUUCGGGUUUGCUGGCUCUGGCAAGACUAAGACACUCGCAAUCACCGCCCAUCUCUUUCUCACUAAGUUUUCUCUUGUCUACGCAUCCGUUCCAACACAUGUGGCAACGACCAACUUCGCUUCAAGAUGUUACCGUGUUGGAAGAGAUAUCGUCGAGGCCUACAACAACACUGUCCCGCGAAUACCCAACGUCAGGCAAGCGGAAACAAAUAAAAGAUACUAA